UGCAGACAUGAAUGAGACUCUGAGCAGCUGAGAGCAGGAUGACUGUUUUUCAGUGAUUCGUUUUUUCUCUUCCUCCUGCAGGCGGAUGUUGCAGUCGCCACAGGAAGUGGGGUUAAUCGCCAUAGCAGCACGUCAGACACAGGGCAAAGGCCGCGGGGGGAACGCCUGGUUGAGUCCGCCGGGGUGCGCCAUGUUCACGCUCCACCUGCAGCUUCCUGUGAACUCACGCCUCGGACAGAGGAUCCCCUUCCUGCAGCACCUCGCCGCCCUCGCCGUGGUGCAGUCUGUGCGCACGCUGCCCGGAUACGAGGACGUGGACCUGCGGCUGAAGUGGCCCAAUGACAUCUACUACAGUAACCUGAUGAAGCUCGGCGGGGUCCUGGUCAGCUCCUCCGUCACGGGUCAAACCUUCAGCCUCCUGAUCGGCUGUGGGUUCAACGUGAGCAACAGUAACCCGACCGUCUGCAUCAACGACCUGGUGCUGCAGCUGAACCGGGAGCACGGCCACAGCCUGGACACACUGACUCCGGAUCAGCUGAUCGCUCGGUCGGUCACACUGCUGGAGCGCUACGUCUCUGACUUCCAGCUGCGCGGCCCGCAGGCUCUGAUGCAGCUCUACUGCAGGAGAUGGGUGCACAGCGGCACGCGUGUGCGUCUCUGGAGCGAGGACGGUCCCGAGGCUGAGGUGGUGGGUCUGGAUGAGAACGGUUUCCUGCAGGUGAGGACAGGAGAUCAGGUGGUGUCUGUGCAGCCGGACGGAAACUCCUUCGACAUGCUGAGGAACCUGGUGGUGACCAAAACCAGCUGAAGAUCUCCAGCACACGUCUCCACAGCUGGAAACAACUACACUGACAACUUCAUUUAAUACAAAUUCAUUUAGCAGAAAUGUCUUUCUCUUUCUGAUUUGUUUUAACUAAUUUCAGCGCCUGAUUGCGACCCGUUCUGAUUCGAACAGGAGAUUUGAGUCUUGAGAAGUGUGUGUUGUUUGCUGCAGAGUAACAUGCACCAGUGACUCUCAUGGAGGAUAAAGCGGUCAUUACAUGCAGACAGACGCAGGGAUGUUUAUGGGUUUAAUAUGAGCAGUAUUUCAGUCUCGUUCAGUGUUUGGUGUAAUGGAUCAGAGUGAUCACAUGAUCAUCAAAUUAUACUCCUAUAACUCUCCAAAAUAUUGAUUUGAAAUCAUUAAGUGGAAAAGGUUCUUCCCAUUAAAGAACAGACUGGUUUUACAGUAAAGGCAGAUUCUCAGCACACUGACGAGGGGAAACUUAUGCUUUUUUCUGUAAUUCUCAUUUGGUUGCACGCUCAAUUUCGAGGUGAUUUUGUAUAUUCAUAUCACGUCAGGUAAUCAGUAUCUAAAUAUUUUGUAAUGAUUUGUGGUUUGUAAACAGAUACAGAUGAUCCCUUUUAAAGAAGACAUUCCCGAGUUGUAUAAAAUGAAAUAAAAUGAUUGUGACUGA